AAUGAUACUACAAGAAAUCUAUCUUUUGCGGGGAUUGACAUAAACAGACCAGAGCCCGAAAAACGAAGGAGACGAUUCCAUUCCAUAUCCAUCGCCCUGUUUCUCUUUCGUCCCUGCAAUUGCAAGUGAGUGCAUCGGAAGAUGGGGGGACAGAAAAAAUGAGAAGCCUUGUCGAACAAGGAGGUAAAGUAGAGGGGAGCGCGGGCAAUGCUGCGAUCGAUUGGCUGUAGCUCAUCGAUCGCGCGGUGCAUAUGGGGGGAGGAGCUCUCGUGGACGGAUUUCGUCGUUGGUUCCAACGUCGUACUUGUUCUUCAUCUUCUUCAAGCAACAGUAACAGUAGUUAUGAUGAUAAUAAGCUCAACAGCGCCAGCAAACGUUUAGUUGCAAACGAAGAUAUAUCAGUUGGACGGCGGCAACGGAAAGAAGAGGAAGAACAGCAGGAGCUUAAGAUCGUGACUGAUUUCGAUAUUUCUUGUUUAAAGUUGAUCAAAGUCCCCAAACGAAACUGCAACAAUAGGAUCACCGCUAUGGAUGCUCAUAAGAAGAGCAUGCUUGACACGGAAUUCUUCACAGAGUAUGGUGAGGCAACUCGAUACCAAAUUCAAGAGGUCAUAGGCAAAGGAAGCUAUGGUGUUGUUGGCUCUGCAAUUGACACUCAUACUGGAGAGAGGGUAGCAAUUAAGAAGAUCAAUGACGUUUUUGAGCAUGUUUCUGAUGCUACUCGUAUUCUCAGAGAAAUCAAGCUCCUUCGGCUGCUUAGACAUCCAGAUAUUGUAGAAAUAAAGCAUAUAAUGCUUCCUCCAUCUAGAAGAGAAUUUAAAGAUAUUUAUGUUGUUUUUGAGCUGAUGGAAUCUGACCUUCACCAAGUAAUCAAGGCUAAUGAUGAUCUUACUCCUGAACAUUUCUGAUGAUUGUUGAUGAACCAUUCUUAAUCUAUUGCAGCAAAUGUGUUCCAUCGAGAUUUGAAGCCAAAAAACAUCCUUGCUAAUGCAGACUGCAAACUGAAGAUUUGUGAUUUUGGGCUUGCUCGUGUGUCAUUUAAUGAUUCCCCAUCAGCCAUUUUCUGGACUGAUUAUGUGGCAACCCGAUGGUAUCGUGCUCCUGAACUAUGUGGUUCUUUUUUCUCCAAAUACACCCCUGCAAUUGAUAUUUGGAGCAUUGGAUGCAUAUUUGCAGAAAUGCUUACAGGGAAACCACUGUUUCCUGGGAAGAAUGUGGUGCAUCAGUUGGAUCUCAUGACCGAUUUACUUGGUACCCCUUCUGCUGAAACCAUUGCUCGGAUUCGGAAUGAAAAGGCUAGAAGAUAUUUAAGUAGCAUGCGGAAAAAGCCAGCAAUUCCUUUCUCACAGAAAUUCCCUGGUAUAGACCCAUUGGCUCUUCGUCUAGUUGAACAUCUACUUUCAUUUGAUCCAAAGGACCGCCCAUCUGCUCAAGAGGCAUUAGCUGAUCCAUAUUUUCAUGGUUUGGCCAAUGUGGACCGUGAGCCAUCAACACAACCCAUUUCCAAACUUGAGUUUGAGUUUGAGAGGAGGAAAUUGACGAAAGAUGACGUGAGAGAGUUGAUUUAUCGAGAGAUUUUAGAGUAUCAUCCCCAGAUGCUUCAGGAGUACCUUCGUGGUGCAGACCAGACUAGUUUCAUGUACCCAAGUGGAGUUGACCGGUUUAAGCGACAAUUUGCACAUCUUGAGGAGCAUUAUGGUAAAGGUGAAAGGAGCACACCACUUCAAAGGCAACAUGCCUCCUUGCCUAGAGAGCGGGUGUGUGUUCCAAAGGAUAAUUCUGCUGACCAAAAUAAUGAUUUUGAAAAGCGAACAGCAGCAUCUGUUGCUACAACCCUUCAGAGCCCUCCACGGUCACAACAAAGUGAGGGACCUGAAAAUGCAAACGGGGCUGCACCCAUCAUGCAGAAUGGCACCAAAAAAUCAAAUUACAUUGGUCGUAGUCUGUUAAAGAGUGCUAGCAUCAGUGCCUCCAAGUGUGUAGGUGUACAAGAAAGAAGAGAUAAUGAGGAUGAACCAAUUGCUGAGAAUGAUGAGGUGGUGGAUGGUUUAUCACAUAAGCUUACAGCACUCCAUGCUUGAGUUGUACCUUUGAUCAGAUCAUUUGAGUGGGAUGGCCUUUUUUUUCUGGGCCUGAACAUUCCCUCCAUUUUGUUCACUAAUGGCUGCCAACAUAGUCUGCGUCCAAGAUGUUCACAAUGUUUGAGGUAGUUGCUAGUUGUGCAAUACCACUAGAAUUGUAUCAUCAGUAUUGUGUUGCUUUUGUUGUUACUGUUAUUUAUUACAUAGUUGCAAUGCAAAGAACAGAUUUACAAGUGUUGAUUAGA